GGUACGUCAGUGCUUUUCAAGAAGAGUAUGGUUAUGUUGUCUUCUUCGAUGCGCAAUUAUUUUGUUACUAGCAAUGAUUUGAUCUGUGGAUGAAUUCAUCUCCGGCCCCCCAACAUCGUAAAUAAUCAGCCGAGGAAUCUUCAUCUUGUCUUAACAGCCACUCCUUCAGAAGACAUGGCUGGAGCUCCCUUGACUAUGACCUCCAAACCUCUACUACCGCCGCCCCAUCUCACCCCUUUUCGCCGUUUCCGUACACCAAUAGCUGCUGCCUGCCUCAGUCCUACAACCAAACCCACAAUGCCAGACCCCCACCCGUCGCUGGAGGUCUCGGGAGGCGCUCGUGAUCGGUUCCUUCCGGCAUUUAAAACUCUUCACCUCCCCUACUCACCCUUUCCUAUCAUUGGAUGGAACCGUCACAUAGAGACCCUUUUCGCCGCCUUCUACAGGUCAGUCCCCGAUGUUAGAUACCGGCGAGAGUGCCUCCGCACUCAGGACGACGGCACUGUUGCCCUUGAUUGGGUCGGCGGCGACCACCGCCGGUUAUCCGCUGAUGUCCCCAUCCUUAUUUUACUGCCAGGAUUGACCGGAGGUAGUCAGGAUUCAUAUGUGAGGCAUAUGUUGGUGAGAGCUCGGAGUAGAGGUUGGAGGACUGUGGUGUUUAAUAGCAGGGGUUGUGGAAAUAGCCCUGUUACGACUCCCCAGUUCUAUUCGGGAUCCUUUAUAGGGGAUAUGCGUGAAGUAGUGGCUCACAUUUCUGCCAAAUAUCCUAAAGCAAGUUUGUAUGCAGUUGGCUGGUCUCUAGGGGGAAAUAUUCUUGUUAAUUAUUUGGGCAAGGAGUCCGAUACUUGCCCUCUUUCUGGUGCUGUGUCAUUGUGUAACCCCUUCAAUUUAGUCAUUGCAGAUGUAAACCUUCGCAAGGGAUUUAACAAUAUUUACAACAGAUCUCUCAAGAGAGCUCUAUGCAGAAUAUUCUCAAAGCAUGCCCUUCUCUUUGAAGAUAUAGAAGGUGAAUAUAGCAUCCCCAUGGCCAUGAAUGCCCAGACUGUCAGGGAAUAUGACGAAGCAAUAACACGUGUUUCAUUUGGUUUCAAGUCAGUGGAUGACUAUUACUCGAAUUCAUGCAGUUCAGAUUCAAUAAAACAUGUCCAGAUUCCUUUGCUUUGCAUCCAGGCUGCAAAUGAUCCAAUUGCCCCUAUUAGUGGAACUCCCUUUCAUGAUAUCAAGGAAAAUCCAAACUGCAUGUUGAUAGUGACACCCAAGGGUGGUCAUCUAGGCUGGGUUGCAGGUGAUGAUGCUCCAUAUGGAGCUCCUUGGACAGAUUCUUUGGUGAUGGAUUUCCUUGAGCAUCUGGAGAAAGAUGCAUCAAAACCUCUUGAAUCUUCCAGCAAAAUAGAAGGUGCCCAGCAGAGUUUGGAGAUCUUGCAGCAAGUAUAGUUGGAAUGUAGUGUUUGUGCAUAAGAUCAUGUUGUACUUGGGCCUGGCUUUAUGGAUUAGCAUAUUGUCAAUUUCCAACAAGAAGACUGCAAUUCUCCCAAUCAGAAUAUUUCCUUGGUAUUAUUAUAGCCAAAGCUCGGCGGAGAAUUAAAUCCCUGGUUCAUGAAGACAGUUGAUCUACGAUUGUCAAUUGAUAAAGAUCAUGAAUUGCAAACAUCAUUUCCUGCAAUUAAGUUCCCUGAAUUAAAACAUUUCUUAGGAAAAUAGAAGGUUGAUUACAUGGUAGGAUCUUAUGGCUCCAGUCUACCAUGAAUUUGUUUCUCGAAGUGGUAACCUUGGAUUUCAAAAGAU